CCACUUAAGAACACAUGCAUGCUUUAAGGUAUGCAUGUACAUAGGUGUUUAGGUACAGGCCGUACAGUAGUUAAGAAGGCACGUCGCCUACUUGCUUUUGUGAUAUAUCGUUUGUCUAUGUAGUGUUCUUUCCUUCCUCACCCCAAAUCGCCCCGUAGUCGAGUUGUAAGUACGGUAGAUACCUCAGGCAGAGCUUUUGUCUACCUACCAACUUACGUAGCAAAACCCCAACCUAAACCCACAAACUACAUCUUAAAAACCAAUUCUCUCGAAUUGACCGAAUAAACUUGAAUAAUUCACCUACCUAGCUCGCGUAUCCCCCAACCUCAAUCACGAUGUCUUGGGCCUGCGACGACUGCAACCGAAUAUUCGGCACCUGGCGAUCGCGCCAGCAACACCUCGACGCCCUGGGUCACGACCCUCUCGAUUACGAGUGCCGCUGGUGCGACGACAUCUUCUGCGACGAAGAAGAGCGACGAGACCAUGAGGCCUUUGAUCACCACUACUGCGGCGACUGCGACCGCUUGUUCCAAAGCUACAACUGUGUCAAGAUGCACCUCAACUCGCGCAUCCACCGCGGCAGCGACGGCAUCCUGUGCCCCUUCUGCAAGACCGGAUACGCGACCGCGACGGGUCUCGCGCACCAUCUAGAGGGCGGCCACUGCUCGCGAGCUCCCUUCCUGAACCGGGACGAGGUGUACAAAGUAGUGCGGGCCAAGGACCCAUCGGGCCUGAUCUCCAAGAAGUUGCUCGGCUGGCACGGCUCCGAGAGGUACGAGGUGACGGGCAACACGUGGAACGGCUACGCGUACGAGUGCUACCUUUGCCACCGCGACUUCAAGACCCUGCAAGGCUUGAGCCAGCAUCUAAAUUCGCCUGCACACCAACAGCCUCUCUACCACUGUCCGAACCGCCGGAACUGCGGUCGCGAUUUCAAGACCCUGGCAGCCGUCAUGAACCACCUCGAAAGCGAAAGCUGCUCCUUCAUACGCUUCGAAGACGUGCAGAAGACCGUCACCGACCUCGUGAGCAGUGACCGACGCCUCACCUUCGGCUAAAGUCAGAUACCUACCUGCAUGCCUAAGAUCUCUUAGUCGUUUGUAGAAUAGGCAUCGAAUAUCUGCCCACUACUUCCUACUUACAUACAUUCCUAGCUCCCAAAGCCCCCGCGUGGGGGGGGAGAGAAGAAGGGAGGUUGGGUUGGGUUGGGUUGGGUUUCUGUUGCUGGAGUUCGCAGCAAA